CCGCGAGCGUCGAAAUCAAAGAUUACAAUAGUAUACCGGGGACGAAGGAAGCGGUUACGGGCUAACUUUUAGUGUGAGUUUAGUACGUGUUGCAUUAAUUUAUGUUGUAAUAAUCGGUACAAGUUACGUUACAUAUUCAACCUCAUCCGACUGUAUUCUUGAUCAAACACAGCGGCUCUAUGACGCGACGCCUGCGCUAGAUAUAGACAGUACACACACAAACAUACAGGAUGUCGUCGAAGGCUAUACACGAGGCGACCGGCAAAGACCUGAUAAACAGGCAUAUAGCGUCGGGUACUGCGUUAGUGCCAUGCCGGUUCGCCGUCUUCGAACAGGGGACAAUAUGGGAGGACGAGCUCGGAAAGAAUCCGUGGCUGACAAAAGAGCAAUUGGUGGUUAAGCCAGAUCAGCUGAUAAAGCGCCGGGGCAAACUCGGCCUGGUGGGGGUAAACAAGACAGCCGCCGAAGUACGUCGCUGGCUCUCCGAACACACGAACAAGGAUCAGAAGGUCGGCGCCGCUUCCGGAAAGCUGAGGAGGUUCGUCGUCGAACCGUUCGUCAAACACGAGCCUAGUGAGGAGAUGUACCUUUGCAUCCACUCCGGACGCCGCUCCGACACCAUCAUGUUCCACCACCAGGGCGGCGUUGACGUCGGCGACGUCGACGCUCUGGCGCUUAGACUUGACGUGCCCGUGGACACUUUCCCCACUGGCGAAGAAAUUGACCGAUCUCUAUUGAAGAAUGUAAAAUCAGCUACAGUUAAAAGGAUAUUAACAACAUUCAUCACCUCCCUGUACCGAGUAUUCGUGGACCUGUACUUCACUUAUAUGGAAAUAAACCCUGUUGUUGUGACCAACGAACGGGUCUAUUUGUUGGACUUGGCCGCCAAGUUGGAUCAAACGGCUGACUUCAUUUGCGCCAAGAAUUGGGGCGCGGUGACCUUCCCACCCCCAUUCGGAAGGGACGCUUACCCAGAGGAGGCGCAUAUCGCUGAUCUGGACGCGAAAAGCGGUGCGAGUCUCAAGUUAACAGUCCUGAACAAGUCUGGUCGCAUCUGGACCAUGGUGGCCGGUGGCGGAGCGUCCGUUGUGUACACGGACACAGUGUGCGCUCUGGGAGGUGCGUCCGAGCUGGCCAACUACGGGGAGUACUCCGGAGCGCCGACGGAGAGUCAAACAGCUGACUACGCGAAGACCAUCUUCAGCCUCAUGUGCAGGGAUCGGCACCAGAGCGGCAAGGUUCUCAUCAUCGGCGGCGGUAUAGCCAACUUCACCAACGUUGCGGACACCUUCCGCGGCAUCAUCACCGCGAUCGAGACGUACAAGGACGCAUUGCUGCAGUACAACGUCACCAUCUUCGUACGGCGCGGUGGACCCAACUACCAGGAGGGACUAAGACAAAUGCGUGAAGUCGGUCAUCGCCUUCGCAUCCCAAUGUACGUGUUCGGCCCAGAGAGCAACAUGACAGCUAUAGUCCGUCUCGCUCUCGGCCACGCGCCCAUCCCGCCGGACCACCAGCUCGACUACGCUCCCAAGCAGCUGCCGAAACCUGAACCCGCGCCAGCACCAAAAAUCGACCUGCCAGAUCUGACGCCAGCACUGUUGGACCUGGUGUGCUCCCAAGCGCCAACGCGAGCUGAGUUAGGCCAGCAGCUGUCCACCGCCCGGCCGCUCUUCAGCGACCGCACCAAGGCCAUCGUGUGGGGCAUGCAGAACCGCGCCAUCCAGGGCAUGUUGGAUUUCGACUACAUAUGCAGACGCGCGGAACCGUCCGUCGUGGCCAUAGUCUACCCAUUUACAGCUGAUCACAAACAAAAGUACUAUUUCGGGAAUAAAGAAGUUUUCAUACCAGUGUUCAGCGACAUGGACGUGGCAAUGCGAAAGCACCAAGAGGCGACAGUCCUUGUCAAUUUCGCCUCGUUGCGAUCCGCAUACGACAGCACAAUGCAGGCGAUGCAGCAUCCGCAAAUCAACACGAUCGUCAUUAUAGCGGAGGGCAUUCCUGAGAAUAUGACGCGUAAGAUCAUUAAGCUGGCUGACACGAGAGGGGUGAACAUUAUCGGCCCUGCGACGGUGGGUGGCAUCAAGCCGGGAUGCUUCAAGAUUGGCAACACUGCUGGCAUGAUCGACAAUAUCGUGGACAGCAAGCUAUACCGCCCCGGCAGUGUAGCCUACGUGUCCCGCUCGGGUGGUAUGAGCAAUGAACUCAACAAUGUACUGUCCAAGGAAGCCGAUGGUGUAUGCGAGGGGGUGGCCAUAGGUGGCGACCGUUACCCCGGCACAACUUUCGUCGAUCACUUGCUAAGAUAUGAAGCUGACCCGAACGUGAAGAUGGUGGUGCUUCUAGGAGAAGUGGGCGGAGUGGAGGAAUACCACGUGUGCAAGAUGAUGAGGGACAAGAAACUGACCAAGCCACUCGUGGCCUGGUGCAUCGGGACCUGCUCCGACAUGUUCACGUCGGAGGUACAGUUCGGGCACGCGGGUUCGCUCGCGGGAUCCGCGCUGGAGAAAGCUGCGGCCAAGAACGCGGCCCUUGCUGCCCACGGGGCGGUCGUACCAGACUCCUUUGAUACGCUGGGUGGUGCCAUUAACAAGGUGUACAAGAAACUGGUGUCCGAAGGCAAGAUAAUUGUGAAGGAGGAGAUUGAACCCCCUAAAGUCCCCAUGGACUACGAUUGGGCAAGGAAGCUGGGAAUAAUCCGCAAACCAGCGGCUUUCAUAAGCACGAUCUGCGACGAGCGGGGUCAGGAGCUAAGCUACUGCGGAGUACCCAUCAGCGCGGUGUUGGAGCGACAGUUGGGCGUUGGUGGCACCAUCAGUCUGUUGUGGUUCCAGAAGGAGCUGCCGGACUGGGCGUGCAAGUUCUUCGAGCUGGUGCUGAUAGUGACGGCGGACCACGGGCCCGCGGUGUCCGGCGCCCACAACACCAUGGUGACGGCGCGCGCGGGCAAAGACCUCAUAUCGUCCGUCGUCAGCGGCCUGUUGACCAUCGGAGAUCGUUUCGGCGGCGCGUUGGACCGCGCGGCGUUGGACUUCUGCGCAGCGUACGACCGGGGCCAACACCCUCAGGAGUUUGUCAAUGAGAAGCGCGCCAAGGGUGAACUCAUCAUGGGCAUUGGACACAGGGUGAAGUCUAUCAACAACCCCGACUCGCGAGUCCGCGAGCUGAAGGCGUACGUGACGUCACGCUGGCCCGCGUGGCCAGUGACGCGGUACGCGCUCGACGUGGAGGCGAUCACCACGCGCAAGAAGCCAAACCUGAUCCUCAACGUUGACGGCAUCGUUGCCGCGGCGAUGGUGGACAUGUUCCGGCACUGCCAGCUGUUCACACCGGAGGAGGGUGACAACUACAUCGCGAUGGGCUCGAUCAACGCCCUGUUCGUGCUUGGCCGCACCAUCGGACUGGUUGGACACUACCUCGACCAGAAGCGUCUGAAGCAACCCCUAUACCGCCACCCGUGGGACGACAUCACCUACAUGUCGCCCCAUAACUGAACACCCCGCCAUGCGCGUACCCAGGAAGGGAGGGAAGGGGGGGAGGCUAGUAUAGAGAAGAAAUUUCAAAUUGAAAUUCAAAAUUUCUUUAUUCAUGUAGGCCUAUCACAG